AUGACUAUAGAGAAAGACUGGAAGAAAACAGCUACUGAAAAAAAGCAGUCUGUCGAUGCAUGCAUUCCAAAAGAAUGGAGGUUGCCUUUAGAAGUUACUAAAGGCAUCAGCUCUGAUAAUGCCACAAGCGUUUUAGAUAUACCUAGACAGUUUCUUUCGGAAAAAGAAAUAUCCAUUACCGAAGACUAUUCUGCUAGAAGCUUGCAUACGUCAAUUGUCGCUGGAAAAUUAACGGCUGUGGAUGUUAUUUCUGCAUUCUCACACAGAGCUGCUAUUGCAACCCAACUCACCAACUGUUGUACUGAGAUCUUGUUUGAUUAUGGUUUGGAGAGAGCUAAGUUCUUGGAUGAAUACCUUUCACAAAACAAGCGUCCAUACGGCCCUCUACACGGUGUGCCAGUGUCCCUGAAAGAUUGUUAUAACAUUGAAGGUUAUGAUUCUACGGUGGGAUUUGUGUCCUUGAUUGGGAAAAAGGCCACCUCAAACAGUAGCAUAGUUGAAAUGCUGCUGGACCUGGGGGCGGUGUUUUACGUGAAGACUAACAUUCCUCAAGGGAUGAUGACUGCGGAUUCUGACAACAAUAUUUUUGGGAGAACUCUGAACCCAUUGAAUUUGACACUAACUGCGGGUGGAAGUUCUGGUGGCGAAGGAAGUCUGAUCAAAUUGAGAGGCUCCAUUUUGGGAGUUGGGUCUGACGGUGCUGGUUCCAUCCGUAUACCAGCUAUGUGCAAUGGUAUAUACGGAUAUCGUCCUACCUCAAACAGAUUGCCUGCACGAGGACAGGCAGAAUGUACAAGAGACGUUUACAUUGAUAUCCCAGUUGUUGCCGGCCCUAUGGCUACCAACAUUGAGGACAUCUUGCUCUUUACGGAAUCUGUCAUCAACAAAAAGCCCUGGCGGUACGAUCCGUCAUGUGUGAGAUUUCCAUGGCAAAACAUUGAAGAUCUCACUAAGCUGAGAAUUGGGUUUAUUUUGGAGGAUCCAGAACUACCUAUACAUCCUCCGAUGAAGAGAAUUCUUCAGGAAGCAGUUGAAAAGCUUGAAGCCAAUGGCCACUACGUUGAGAUACUCAAGACUUUUCCUUCAUAUGUAGAAGGAUGGACAGAAGCGCUACUGAACUUCGCUAUUGACCCCCAAAUGGCCAUAUUCGACCAUUUAGAAAAGGCUGGCGAACCUCCAGCAAACGCUCUAUGCCAGACGGAAGUUGGCGUUGAGGCUCCAAGAGAAAUUGAUGAUAUCAUAAAGCUAAAGAAACGUUGCAGGGAUAUUGAAGAUAGGUGGUUCAGUAUCUUCAACGAACAUAACUUUGAUGUUAUCAUCUCUCCAGGUGCCGCAGGAACAGCGCCUCCUCAUGACACAUACGGAAUGGCUGCUUAUACCUGUAUGUGGAAUUUGGUCGAUUUUCCUGCUACCGUUAUUCCGUUCGGUAAAGUUGACUCAGAGAGCGAUGUUAAUGAUGAUACACCCUUCCCAGAGAAGCUGAAAGGGAGUUAUCCAGAAUAUGAUAGGCAGUUGUACUCUGGGGGAAUCGGCCAUGUUCAGAUAGUUGGGCCACGAUUUGAAGAUGAGCGCUUGUUGGCCUGCACUGAGAUCAUCGACCAAGUGCUGAAUAAUUAG